AUGAACCAACCUCAAUCACAAUCACAAUCACAAUCACAAUCACAAUCACAGUCCCACUCACAAUCACAAUCACAGCCAUACGAAUCCAAUCCUUAUUACCAGAACCAACCUCAGCAAUACCAAUCCCCUUCUCAAGCCUAUCAACAAGGAUUCACAUCACCUCAACAACAAACUUAUCAACAUCAGCAAUAUCAACAAACACCUCAACAAGGAUAUCAAACUCAGGCUCAACCUCAAUCGGGAUCUCAAUCGGGAUCUUCACCAACGGUUGAAUUCGGCCAACAAUCAGGAUGGCCCCAAUCACCUCCCGUACCAAAUCAACAGCAACAACAAGGUUAUUUCGGUCAAGGUGGUUAUAAUCAACAAGCACAGAGUCCACCUGUCGAAGUGACACACUCUCCUUUCGUCCGAACAGACUCUUCAGCAAGGUUGACUUUCUCCGAAAUGGCUAGAAUGGCAGGUAGACCUCAAACUUUCGACGAAAUGUAUGCUGUACCUGAGAGUUUCUUAGAAAUUGAGAUUAGGAAUCCUUUAACUCAUGGUGUAGGCAGGAAGAUGUAUACCGAUUAUGAGAUUGUUUGUAUGACAAACAUCCCAGCAUUCAAACUACGACAUUCAGUUGUAAGGCGUAGAUAUUCAGAUUUUGAAGCUUUCAGAGAUGUCUUGGAGAGGGAAAGUACUAGAGUCAAUAUUCCACCAUUACCUGGUAAAGUAUUUACCAAUCGAUUUACAGAUGAUAUAAUCGAGCAACGUCGGGAAGGAUUACAAAGAUUUUUAGAGAUCGUUGCUGGUCAUCCAUUACUUCAAACUGGAUCUAAAGUUCUAUGCGCUUUCCUGCAAGAUCCUUCAUGGGAGAAAUCUCAAUGGGUAUAG